AUCGACUCAAGUUACUUUUUUACCCUUAACUUUUCUCGAAUUUUCAUUUUAUAAAAAGGAUCUACUGGUUGAGAUGAUAUACUUUGUUCGGACAAGGGUAAUUUUAUCACACCAAAAAACAAGCGUAGAAGACAAAUUUUUUUCGGACGAAGCUAUAAAGUGCCCAAUCGAAAAAAAAAAGGGAGAAAAACCCAGGUUUUUGAUUGUUGAAUCACUAUCCAUCACAUUUCUAACUACUCCAAAUAAUCUUCGUGCUUGAGUGGCGCCAUCAAAGAUACCCGGAAUCUUCAAAGUGGAAUCUGCUUUUGAGCCUGGGGAAAUAACUUACGUUUCAGAUAAAGUUACACAACAUUAUGGAUCCUAAAUACACAGGAGAAAUGCUGAGGCAUUUGGAUAAGGAGAAUGAGCUCUUAACGGUUGCCUAUAAGUCAAUGUCAGAUGAAUUGCAUAAACUCCAGGUGGAAGAAGAAAUGUUGAUGCGCAAGUUCUAUGAAUUUAUGUCAGCCCAAGGUCCUUCUAAAAAGGUACCUUCAGACGAUCUUUCAGUUUGCAUUUUAGUUUUGAAGUCCUUACUCUGUAUGAUUUGGUGAAAGUGCUACAAUUCAGUCUGUAAACUUUAUUAAUAGCAUGUUGAGGAUUUGUUGCUUUGUAUGAAGUAGGACAUUUUCCUGUUAGAUUUUGCCUUUGGUGAGGAAAUCCGCUAAGAGCCAGAACUUUUUAGUUUUACUAAUUUAUAGUUUGGAUCCUAAUUCACCUAUAUGAAAUUGGCAGCAGGUACUAAUUUGGUUUGAGGUUUGUAUAAUGUCCAUUGGCAUGUAUGUUUCAACCUGGGUCAAGUGUGCCUAGAAGAAGCCUUUAGUCCACUGUGAGACAGAAAAAGUGCUUCCAUGGAGUCACCUUAAUUGAUUUUGCUGACUGAUGUCUAUUCACUUUCAUGUAGGAUAAUCAACCAUGCAUUUUUCUUGCCCCAUUGAUUCAGGAAGCCUUUAGUUUUUAUUUGAGUGCCAAUGGUUAGGCUCUGGGUCAAGUGUGCCUGGAAGAAGCCUUUAGUCCACUGAGGACUUUGACCAUCAUUACUCCUUUGAAUUCUGUGAACCUUUGGAUUUUGUGUCUUAUCUAUUCUACAUAUUCUCUAUGCAAAAGGCUGUCUGCCGACCAACUAUGUAGAAACUUGUGCCCUCUAUCAACAUGUGGGAGAGAUGCUUUUGAACAUUGUUGUUCUCUUUCCUUUGUCUUUCCUUGUUGCUACCAGUUAAUGUAAAACACAUUCCUCAGCUUGCUGUCCGAAGUCACCCGGUGUCCGGUGUCUAACAGAGUUUUUUGUUUAAAUUUUUGCUGAUAGUUGAUAUUAUAGAAAUGAGGAUGCCUGAUACUUCAGACUAUUCAAAAAUUUGUCAGAACUCUUAAUUUACUGAUUUCCGUAGCUGUGUUCGGGUGUUUGGAUUCAAUCUAAUUUCUGAAGGAAUUUAUUGCUAAGUAAUAGAGACAGAGAGAUUAGUCCAAGUAGUGACCUUGUUGCAUUAUCUUCAACAGAUUUUCAUUUACAAAUGGCAAUCUUUCAUUGUCCUUAAUUGUAUUUAGAUUUAGUAUCUUGUUUUAGCUUUUAAUUUGAUCUUAUUUCUUUUUGUAGGCUGAAGAUGAUAAUGAAAUGCAGGUUGAGAGGGAUAGUGACAAUAGCAAAGUUCAAAGUUAAGUUAGUGGAGAUAAAUAAUGACUUGUCAAUUUGCGAUAUUGUCUUUACUUAUAAAGUUGGAGGUUAGAUUCUACCCUUGACAAGAUUAGUGGUUCAUGUGUAUAGCCUUUUGUUAGAGUUCAUGUGUAUAAAUAGUUAGGCCUCCGAGUGGUUUGCAGUUCUAAAACAUGUUUGUUGUAUUCGGCUAUUUGCCCUGUUUCCUGAGCGUCAAUUGAAGUAGUCGUUCGUGGCUUUUAGAAUGACUUGCAUAUUUUGAGAAAACAUGUCUUAACCUACUCGCAAGCAUUUGGUUCUGGCUAAAUAUCAUCGUCUAGGACGAACAACGUGCAGUGUCUAAAGGUAGGUGGAGAUAGAUAAAGU